UCGUCGUCUGUGUUUCGCUCGAUAUCGAAAUACCUUCCUUUCCUCUUUGUAAAAUCAUUUGUGGUCUCCUCGCCAAAGCGAACAGUCGGUUAAAAACAUGAAAAUUAUGCGUAAUAAUCCAAACAAAUGUCUGUCCUAAUCACCGAGACGCCGACGUUGCCGACGACGACGCCAGCAGGACAGAUUUAAACAGUGAAUGAGUGACUAUUUUCAUGCCAUUUUAUCACAAUUUACCGCCUAGUGAUCAUAUAAUUAGGUUGCGAGAGAUAUGGCGCUCGUAUGUGACGUUGAUAACAUUGAAAGUGCGGCCCCACAAGCCGAGGAGAAGCCGGCUGAAGAGGAGCCGAAGCCGGAGGUUGAGAAUGACCUCGAAGACGGUGAGAUUGAAGACGACGGCGAGGAUGAGCCGCCAGCUGAGGCGGCGCCGCCGCCCCCCAAAGAGCCUGAGCCUCCGAAGGAAAAACCGGAGCGGGACCGCCCCCACAGGUCGGAGCGCCGCCGACACGAUGAUAAGAAGAAGCACAUGACUGAGGCCGAGAAGAGUAUAUUGCAUUUGCGGAAACGGGAGCGGAUGCAGCGGGAAAAGUGGGAGAAGUACCGGAAAGAGCAGAAUUUGGACCCGGCAGCAGCCGUCGACGACUUCGCCAUAAACAUCGAAAAAGCGAUCGCCAGUGUCCUAAAAAAGGACAAACACGUUAGUGACGAGGAGAAAGACGAGGAUAAGAGAGGCCGAAAGCGGAAAAACCGAGACAAGGAGCGACCGAAAGGCGGAAAACAGCGGAAAAUUGACUCGCCGAAGGCCGAAGACGAUGAAAAUGCGAGUCCGAAGUCGGACGAAAAACGCGAUAGAUCGGCAUCGCCUCGGUCGGAGGAUUCGUACGAUUCGGACGAGUCGGACCGAAGCAGGAAAAAGGACUACAAGAAGGGCAAAGGCCGGAGUAGGGCAAGGAAGAGGAGUCGGGAAAGGCGCAACGAACAACAGACACAACCAAGCAAAGAUGCGCAAGGGGUGUGUGUUUUCUUCUUGCAAGGAAAAUGCCAAAAGAACGACUGCCCCUACUCCCACGAGGCCGUCCCGCCCAUGAAACUCGAACUAUGCAAAUUCUACCUUAAAGAUUGUUGCGCCAAAGGCGAAAAAUGCUCCUACAUGCACUCGGAAUUCCCUUGCAAACUCUACCACACGGGCCUCGUGUGCGUCCAGGGCGACAAUUGCAAAUUCGCGCACGGUAAACCUCUCGACGAACACCGCAAACAAAUUCUAUUCAAGCAUAUUGAAACAGCCCCCCGGGAGAUUCUGGGCGGCUUCCCCCGAAUGAACCGCGAGGAACUGCUCAAUAAAAUCAACGUGGCGCAACAGAAUCUGAUGGUCCAGUACGGGAUUGAGAAGAGUGACAAAGGGGGCGUUCCCACGCUGGAUGUCAACAUGGGGGUGCCGCCCGAACUCGCCGACAGCAACAAGAAACGGAACAAGCCCUCCCGCUGGCAGGACCCCGACCCUGUGAUCAAGCCCUUCGGCCUGGACCAGGACAUGAGGGUGAACAGUAACGGGGAUAUUGACAUGAGGACGCUACCGCCCUUGGGGCAGAUCCAGCCCCAGGUGCAAGCCGAGGAACAGGCGGGGGAUACCGAGGGGAGUAACUUCACCCAGGAUAUUGAUAUCAGGAACCCCAACAUGUUGCAGUUUGAUACGAAAGACGUGGAUAUCAGGCAGCAGAUGUUGGCGAGUAAAGACGUCGAUAUCCGGCAGAUUUUGCCCGUUUUUGAGGAGAACAAAGAAGUGACCGAACCCGUUCUUCCAGACUUACCCAAAACACAACGCGAGUUGUACUUGCGGAUACAAUCGCAACAAAAAACCAACCUCCCGGAACAACAACCGGAAACCGUGCAAGUUGACGAAAACAUCAACUGGUACUCGGACGAUGACGACGAAGACGAAAACCGCCUCACCAUCAAAGUGGACACCGAAGAAGAGAAAAAAGAAGAGAGCGACCACAACAUCAUGAGCCCACCGCAAGUCAAACCAUUGGACGUGGUCGAAAAACUCGGCGACUUAUCAAAAAUUGAUAUAUCAGCCGAAGUCACCAAACUCUUAACCUCAAUGAGCCAACAGAAAGAAACGCAAAAAUCGCCGAUAAUCCGCGACCCCCGCCAACGCACGACCUCAACCGACCAAAAAAUCAGUAUUUACGAACAGGGGAGCAUAAUCCCCGACGAGCCGAAAAGCCCCGACCAGGUGAUCGAGUCGGACCUCCGGGGACGCCCCGACGUCGACCUGCGCAACCUCCAACUCCCCUUCAAAGGCAUGCUGAACUACACCCCGGCCAAGGAAAUCGACGCCAGCGUGAACUCGCACCCGCCCAUGGCCUGGAAAGUCGAAAUCGUGGACAUCCCCCGGCCGGACUACACCGGCCUGAAACUCAACGUCCAAGACGCCGAGAAGACGGGGGACCCCCGCUUGAAGAAGAUCUUCCGCUUGAGCAGCGAGGAGAAGGACAGCCCCGCCAGCCCGAAGGCGAGCCCCAAGGCGCGCAUCGACCCCCGCUUGAAGAAAAUCGAGGAGAAGCAACAGGACUCCUCCACGCUGACCUACAACCAGCAGCUGAACAUCCUCCAGAGCUCGGCCUUCUUCCAGAGCCUGACCAGCAACCAGAAGCUGCUGCUGAACCAGGAGCUGGCCCGGAGCGACCAGAACGGCUUCCACGACCCGGUGCUGAACAGCAUGCUGUCGACGCUUAAUCUCAUCCCCACCAGCAACAUGAACAGCCCCAAUAUGGGGGCGGCGCUGAAUAUCCUCGCCAAUGUGAAUAAGUUGAAUCCGCCGCCGCCGAUGGUCAUGCGCCAGAACCCGAACAUGAUGGCGGUGCAGCCCGGGCUGCUGGGGGCGGCGCCGGGGAUUCCCAACAUGCCGAACGAUUUCCCGAUGAAUUUCGACCCGAGGAUGAAUAGUGGGCCGCCGCCGCCGUUCGGGAACUUCCCGCCGGAUAAUAAUUUUGGGGGGUUUGAUGAUUAUUAUCCGCAGGAUAAUAACUUCGCGAAUAGGGAUAACAGGAAUUUUAACCGCGAUCGGCGAAGAGGAAGGAACAAUUUUAAUAGGAAUAACGGAAAUAGGAAUUUUAGGAAUAGGAAUAACAGGAAUAGAGGGCACACGCCGCCCUAAGUUGCCAAUUAGUUAACACGCUCAAAAUUUACUCUGUACAUAGGAUAUACAUACUUUGUUCUUUAUUAACGUUCGAAAGACUGAAAGGCUUGUAAAUAAUUCAAUCACGGUUUUUUUAUCAAACUGUUUCAACUGUUUUUGUAAAUAUUCCUACGAAUAAAAGGUUUAUCAUUCCUUGUAAAUUAUUUCGCAUGGAAACUAUUUAUUUUUGUUAAGUUAAUCUAACCUUUAUUAUUUUUUUACCGGAGAGAGAGCUGAACAGGUUCGUUAUUAUUAGAUGGCAAAUAUUUAUAUACAUAAGCGCUUUAUUAUUUUUUUAAAAUAAAUCUUGAAAUACUCA